UAUACCCGCGUCAUCGACUGAGUCACUCACUCUCCCAAAGAGUUACCCAUUUCGCCGCCGCCAAGCAGCGAAAAGAUUCUUAGUCAAGAAAUUUCAGAGAAUGGAUGGGAAUGGAUCUGAAGAUAAGAAACAGGACAAUGCGGAUAUGGCAGCUUUCGUCCAGAGUCUACUUGAACAGAUGCAAUCGAGGUUCCAAACAAUGUCUGAUUCCAUCAUUACGAAGAUUGAUGAGAUGGGCAGCAGGAUAGAUGAGCUAGAGCAAAGCAUCAAUGAUCUCCGAACAGAGAUGGAUGGAGAUACGUCCCCUUCUCCUUCAGUUCCUUCUGGGGCGAAGGACGAUUCCAAGUCACCCAAAGAUCCCUAAUGGUGUCAAUCCAACGUUAACAUCAUGGUAUUUCUAGACCCUGUGUUCCUUUUGGUGCCUAUCUUUUCUAAUAUGGAAAAUCAGUAACAAACAGGCACAUAUACCUUAUACUUGUACCUAAUGCCUCCUUUAAUUUGUAUUUCCAUAUAAUAUUGUACCCUUUUUCAAUGUAUGUUGUAUGAUUGGGAUGAGCUGUUUAAGUAACAGAUACCUGAAAAGAGGAAUUGAUUUAUAUAUAGAAAAUACUAGUUUGG